GACCAAGGGGCGGGAAAGAGAGGGAAGAAGUCAGGCUCUGCUAUUACAGAGCACCUCCGUGGCGCACAGCCCAAUAUGGAGCAAUCUCAGAUUUCCAUCCGCCCAAAUCGAGAAUAUACGCCCGCGCCUCCGUUCGCUCUUCUUGGCCCGCGGAGGGUUGAUCGUUGUCGCGGUUGUCGUCUUCGUCGUCGUCGUCGUCGUCGUCGACGUUUCGCUCCCCGUCCUUCCUCUUUCGACGGAGGUGUAGACGUUACUCUCGGUGGAGUUGUCGCUUGUCCACUUCACUCUCGCUCGUAACAGUGCCAAAAGUGCUUCAAAACACUCCGCUUCGUUCUGUCGAUACCAUUUUCUUCUCUGCUCCUUUUCUUUCUCCUAUUUACUUGCCGCCUUUCUAUUUUUCCUGUGAUCUUUACAGUUCCUCUUUUUUUAUCUAGGUACAAGUUUAUUCACGCGCUCGCGUUUUUUUUCUCCUUUUAUGUCUUCUAUUUUUUCCUUUGAAGUACAUAUCUUUCGAGAUAUCGCUGUACUUGAUCCAAGGGAUCACGCAAGGCAGAGCAGAUUGUACGGGCGAUCACGGUGCAUUGAACGGGCAAAGGUGAUUAAUCGCGGUCUAUGAUUUGUGCGAUCAAUCGUGUUCAACAAUGACCGUAGUGUCAUUCAUUUGGCGGAAAGUCGAUCGUGUAUAAACAUUGUUUGAGUAACGUAAAAACGUCUGCAACGCACGAAAUCAGUUGCCGGUUACAGUUUUUCAAGAAGAGGAUUCAUUAAGAACGAUACGUUCAUGUUGCCGGAAAGCAACUUUCCCGUCACAGGGGGCACUAUGCAGACCGAGGAAGUCGUGCCGCGUACACAGUCUAUUGGCAUAGACAGUAGUCUCACCGACGGCGCUGGUUUGCAGCAUCAUUUGCACCACUCGGUACAUUUACGUUGCCCGCUAUCGCCUCUAAUCCAUAUGGCCGUCAAACAGGAGCCUCAGGAGGAAGAAGAGCGAAGUCGCGAUACUAGCACGUUGAGCCCGCAAGUGGACGUAGGCAAUGUGGCGGGUUCAAUGGACAGCAAGCAUGGACAGCAAGGUGGUAAUCAAAUUCAAGCACUGGAGGAAAAUCUAGCAUUAACUAGUCCAGAUUCUACUAGUCGAGGACGAACUAGUCGUGGACGCAGGAAAUCUCGAUGGAAACUCAAAUUCCAUCACCAAGCAUUACCACCGGAAUAUUUGGAUCAUUACGAAGCAUCACUGGCUCAGGAAAACCUGAAUUUAUCGCCGCCACGCAUCAUCGAGCCAACAGCAUCCAGUCCAGCGCCGACCAACUCGACGUCUACCCCAAGUCCCGUCGCCGACGUUCAUGGUUGGCUGCAGCGAAUCGCGGCGAUGCAGCAGGAACUCUGUCCGCAGAUCGCACCGCCUCAAUGUCCAACGACCCUCGGCCAUAAUCAAGUCUCCGCGGGUACUAGAAGAUCUGUCAUUACGUCUGUGUCUUCGCAGACUUGCAACACAACUUAUCCCAGUCAUCAUAUCCAACAGACGCAGACGUCUAGCAGGCCUCCCAUGAAAUAUUCCGAUCUACCGUACAUGGGUGAAAUCACUCUCGAUAAUAGUAAACCUAGACGUGGUCGGAAACCGAAGAAGGCUGACAUAUGCCAUUUGAUUUACAAAAAUUAUGGUACGAUAUUGCCGGGCACGCCUGGUCAUGAGGAGAAGAGACUGUCGCCUCGUGAUAAGCAGGAGCGUGUGUCGCCUCAAGUACCUUUUCAAAGGACCGAUGUCCAAAACAGGAUCAGCAGUUUGUUGGAAAAACGGCUGACACAGGAAACCCGGAGGAACUUUGUGUUGUCUGAGAAUUCGCGGGAGCAAGAUGAGCCACUGAAUCUUUGCAUUAGAGAUCUCAACCAGCUGAAGAUACGUUUACUGCGGAAACAUGGGAACGUAUACGAGUCUGGCCAGGUGAAGAGUGAAACGUCUAGCGAUGGUGAAGAAGUAGAGUGUUUAGGGACAAGCUUUCUGUCAGAACCGGUGAAUUAUCCAGAAUCAGUUGGCCAUCGCUCGAAUAAUAGUUUUGUCAAUCAUAAUAACAAUGUGAUCGAUCCUAUGAUCGGUCAUAACUCUGGCUUCGUGUACUGGCCGAAUGCAGGUGUGUUUAUUCAUCCAAUGGCAUUGCAGUCACAGUUGCUAUAUUAUCAAAAAGUCGCCCAAAAUGACAAGGGCCUACCCACGUCGACGACGGAUCAACCACCGAGAGAACAAAAAAUUAUGCCAAAAUCGAUAUACUCAAUGAUGGAGAUGAAAAAUGCGACCCAAGCAUCGACACUACCUAUAUCUCAGACGAUACCGGUGUCGGUUGCUACAUCUACUUCACCCAGACCGAAGAGAAAUGCACCCCUAAAUCAGCAGCAGAGUCAACCAACUAAACGGAAACGUUCCGCUAUAUUUAUACCACCGAUGCCAACCGAAAACAACAAUAAUCCAGCGACAGAAGUGAGCAUAUGUAAAUUCAAAUUUACCGGUGGUGCCAAGCCUAGUUUACAAGAAAAAAAGAGUCUUUCUGUAGAUUCAGGUGGCAAUUUCCGCUAUUACAGUGGUACUGGUGAUAAGAGUAUGCGUGGUUACGAGUUCUUUCCCAGAGAGGCUCUUCAACAACCAGCGGGUCAAUCUGGAACCACUUCUGCCGCUGGAGCCUUUCUCAAUGCCGCCGGUGAGAGGAUUCAACCGCCGACGGUGUGUCAGAGAAGUCCAACCGGUCAGGACGAUGGUCGGCGAAAGAGAAAAACUAGAAAAUCUCUGCAGCGCGAAAAAUUGGAGCAGACCUUCAAGGAAAAAGGUUUCCUUAUUCAGACACAACAAUUGGAAUCUGCAGAAGGCGCUACUUACUGCAAAUUCCGGCAACUCAGAAAAUUUACAAGAUAUCUGUUCAGAAGUUGGAAAGACUAUUUACCCGGUAAUGUACGCGAAUUGAGCGGUUGUGGUACUGGUGCUGCCGUUGCUAUAGAAAACGACGUAGCUGAUGUUGAGGUCGACGGUGAUACCACUCUCGUUCCCUCACCGCUUCCUCGUGGCAAUUUGCUGGAUGUACCGAAUAGCUUUGUGGAGGAUCAUCGGACUUUACCCCUUACGUGAGGCAUAGUUUCGCGACAAACGAAAGUCAUGACAUGAAUUCAUAUUGCUCUUUGAUUGUUCAUUUCUUUUUUUUAUGGGAAUCUAUA